UGGUCUUCAGUAUCACUUCACAGCUUCACCACGGCCAUCAUGCACCUGACACAUGUGGAGGCUGUCGUGAUCCUUGGGAUUGUUAUUCCUCAGAUGUCCAGCCUUGUCGCUUCAUCUGCUCCCUCUGACUGUUUGGCUGCUGUGGAUACCUGCGUGUCUGAUUUAUGCAAGAAUGGACAGGCAUUUUACAACGCGAUGUGCAACAAUGAAGGGUGCCAAAUAAAAGGCUCAGAGGUUUGUAACAUGACCAUCCAGAAUGUACUGGACCAAUUUCCCACUCUGCGAGGGUGUUUGUGUGCCUGGGAGGAGGAGGAGGAGGAGCUGUGUGACUCCAUACAAGCACUGGCCACACAAUGCCACAGACAGCCAGCAAAUCAGCUGAAGAGGAGCACAGUAAUGGACUGGAAGUCAAGCACUUUAAUGGGCUACGAACAUGAUGGCGCUGGAUCCUGCUCUGACCAGAUGAGAGUCUGCAUCAGUGACGCCAUUUGCAACAAGCACAUGGCCUCAGUUCUGCAGGCGUGCACGGCAGACCUCUGCAACCAAGACCACUGUCGGCAAGUGACCCGACACUUCUACGGCAGCAUGCCGCAGAACGUUGCGGAGAUGCUGCUCAUGUGUGAGUGUGAGGUUUCGGAUCAGAGCUGUUUACAGAUGAAAACUGCCCUGCACAGCGGCACGUGUGGAGACAGGACCCUGAGCUGCCACGAUACAGUUAAGCAGUGUCAUAAUGACAGAAACUGCAGAGCCUUGUUAAAAGCUUUUCAAGCCAAAUGCUGGAGCUUUGUCAACGGCGAAUGCAGCGACAGUGACCUCAGCAGUGACGGAUGUCCCACCAUCAUGGAUCCAGCGCUCAUCUCCGGUGCAGACUCUGAAUGUAAAAAGGCUUUCAUAGCCACCCUGGGCACAGUACUUCACCAUCCCUGUUCAUGCAAAGGCGUGCACAAGGAUGAUCUCCAUACCUGCAACAUGGUUCACAACGUACUUCAUAACAGAACAAUCUUCAUGACAUCUUGGAGAAGCAGCAGAGGUUCUUCCAUACCUCAAGGAAGCGGUGAUUCUGAGCAGAGUCACACCUGGGCGUAUGAUCAUCUGCUGUAUGCUUUUACAACUGUGCUUCUUAUUGGCGUAGUUGUGUUAAUGCCUCUGGUUAUUGUGGGUACAGCAUGGAUGUUGAGAAAGAGGGAGAGAACAAAAUUUCGCCGUCCACAUAAAAGUGUUAUGAUUUUCUGAUUCAUUUACAGGAAAGUCUCAAUCAAAAUAACACAUUUUUAUUUGCUGCCUAUACUGUAUGUAAUUCAGAAAGAUUUUAGAUUUCCUUUUUUGUUUUGCAUAAAAACAUGGAUCCACAUACUCACCAAACAAAUGUAGAGUUGUUUUUGCAUGUUAUGUUGUGUCCCAUUGUCUUGUUACCAGGUGAUAAUGUUACACUGUGUAAUUAGUCUGAAUAUAUGUAAUUACAGAAUAUCUAAUCAAAGGGUUGGCCAGAAAAGUAAACUUUGUUUUUCCAUUAGUUAUAAGUUUCAAAGUGAUCUAUACACUACUACUUUUGAGAAAGAUGAUUACGUACAUGGGAACUUAAAAUUUGGAAUCUUUAGAGAAACCCAUUUCUCUCUUCAGAAUGGAUCAAUGCUCCUGAGUCAUUCAUCUUUAUAACUGUUUCACAUAGUGUCCAUCAGCCUUUAUGAGAACAUUGCACAUCUGACAAGUUGAAGAUUGCUUCAUGUCAACACUUUAAGCGAUGAUUUAUUGAUGCUCGAGGCCUCGGCUGUAUCUCAAAAUAAAUAUAUG